AUGAAUUAUUCUGUGAUUGUGUUGGUAUUUUGUCUUCCCAAACUGGUUUGCAGUUUGGGGAUUCUAUAUAAACACACUGAAUUUUUGAUUCCCAGAUGCUCCAGGAAAGUAAAUCAGAGUAAUUCGAUAAUCCUGCCUUCAAAUUCUUUAGCUACCGGGGCUUCUAGGCCCUAUUCUUUCAUUGCAAAUCCAGGUGUGAGAUCGAAUUUCCUUUCAAGUAAUUUAACGAGUAAACUAUCAAACAGCCUUAAUGGCCGUUCCAGCAGUUCCCUAUAUUCUAAGCCUAAGGAAAUAACGUUGGCCGACGAGUGUAGGAACAGCCUGCUGUCCGGAAUCCUGAAGGUGGCAGACACCGUAAGAGUUACCCUGGGACCCAGAGGAAGAAAUAUCUUGCUGGAAAAGGAGUUUGGGUCGCCAAUCAUCGUUAACGACGGAGUCACCAUCGCAAGAAACAUAGAGCUGAGUGACAGGAAGAUGAACGCAGGAGCGAAACUGAUCCAGGAGAUAGCAAGCAGCUCAGACGACAGAGCAGGGGACGGAACGACGUCCACGGCAGUUCUGGCAGCAGAAAUAGCCUCGAAGGGAGUUGAGUACGUUAACCAGGGGCACAACUCAAUACCGCUGCAAAAGGGCAUUCAGAAGGCGAGCAAGCUAAUAAUAGAGGAGAUAAAGAAGCUGAGCAAGCCAGUGAACGGCUAUCAAGACCUGCUUAACAUUGCAACGGUGGCCACGAGUGGAAACCUGGUGAUGGGAAAGGUGAUAGCGAAGGCGUUCGACAAGCUGGGAGCGAACGCAGCGACGAUUUUGGAGGAUAACCCGGCACUAGAAGACGAAUUGGACUUCACGGAAGGAUAUACCUUCGAUAAGGGAUUUGCAAACCCCUACUUUCAACUAGGGGAAGAAAAGGAUAGUAUUGAGUGGAUGAAUCCGCAAAUACUGGUGUACGACGGGAAGAUAGAAAACGCGCAGAGUAUCCUCAACGUCCUCGAGUACGCGGCGAAGAAUAAAGUUAACCUGGUGAUAAUCGCAGAGGACUACGGCACAGACGCAAUGCAGACGUUCAUAAUAAAUAAGAUGCGCGGAAUGCUGAAAGUGGUGGCAGUUAAGUCGCCGAGCUUCGGUGAGAGGAGAAAGGACUACCUGCAGGACAUAGCAGUGGCGACUGGAGCGACCUUCGUGUCCCCAGAUGUCGGGGUCGACCUGAACGACGUGACACCAGAAAUGUUGGGCAGCGCCAAGAACGUUGUGAUCAAGAAGGACCGCACGACGAUAGUGACGAACCCAAACUGCCUACCAAGCAUAAGCACAAGGGUAAACAACCUGGUCAGAGAAAAGGAGAUGUGCACAAGCAACUUUGACAAGACGAAGCUGAGUGAAAGGAUAGCAGCGCUGAGUGGCGGAAUAGCAAGAAUAAGAAUCGGGGCGGCGACGGAGACGGAGCUGAAGGAAAAGAGGCUGCGCUACGAAGACGCAAUAAACGCAGUGAGGGCAGCCAUGGAAACAGGCUACGUGCCAGGGGGUGGGGUGACGUACCUGCAGAUGCAGAAGGAGCCCUUCAAGAGCAUGGUGAUGGACCACGUGAAGAACACCAUAAACCAGGAACAGACGUCACAAUUCUCGACUAACGAAGGUGAGGUUGAAGUAGGUGGGGAAUACGUAGAGAGUGAAGAUGUUGAAAAGUUGGACAGCAUGGAGGAGAUGGAAAGUGAAAUAGAGUUACAGCAAGCAGGAGCAAAAAUUGUGAUAGAUGCAAUGUCGAUAAUAACAAAACAAAUAGCAAACAAUGCAGGAGUCGAUGGCAACAAGGUCGUCGAAAGGAUACUGAACAGCGGCAAGGAGUUCGGCUACGGCUGGAACGCAAAGACAAAUCGUUACGGAGACAUGAUUAAGCAGGGCGUCAUAGAUCCAACCAAGGUGAUCAUGUCAGCGGUCGAACACAGCACCUCGGUGGCAGGGUUGCUGCUGACGACGGAGGGGAUGAUGGUCGACAAAGUAGAAGAUAAGCAGCAGAACAGCAACGAACUGGAAAGCAACUUGUUAUAA